UUGUUUUGCUUGGAUGAACCUCGAGACGCCGCCACGCCGGACGGCCCGGCCAUCGUCGCCACUCGAAGCCGAGGUCGCGCAGCUCGCGCGCCAGACGCCAACCAAGGUCCUCGCCGACGACAUGAACCGAUCGCUGCUCGAGGACGUGCUCGCGUCGCUCCGGCAGCAAGGCGCCGAGAUGGUCAAGGAGAACAAGUGGACGUUCCAGGACAAGCCGCUGCACCUCUAAGAAACACGCAACCUGGUGUGUAUAUUAGUUUAUCCUAGACUCGAGCUCGUUUUAACUAGGUAUAACUCAACAUCGAG